ACUAUCGGCAGUUUUUCCUCAUCCUACGCUGACAAACAUUACGCUGCUCCAUUAGAAGCCAUUACUAUAUUUAAAUGGGAUAUAACGUAUUUUCUGAACAACAUUAAACACCCCCGUGGUCGUUUGCUUAUUAAAAAUCAGCAUCUGCCUUUUGGAAUGCGGUGCAAAGCGUACAUGUAAUCAGUUAGCAGCUAGCGGCUAGCUCGGUUUAGCUGUUUGUGUCGCGUUUGUUGCGCCAACUUGAAGAAGUCGCAGCUGAAGUAGUUUUCACAAUAAAACAAAGUGACGUAUAUUCGGUUUUAUUUUAAGAACGACCUUCUUUGGUGCUACGGAGGAUGCUGGCGGCCACGGGAGCAGCGGUAUCAAACGUCACAGCCCUGGCCCAGGUGGACAGAGAGAAAAUCUACCAGUGGAUCAACGAGCUGUCCAGUCCUGAGACCAGAGAAAAUGCCCUCCUAGAACUGAGUAAAAAACGGGAGUCUGUUCCUGAUCUGGCUCCCAUGCUAUGGCAUUCAUGUGGCACCAUUGCUGCACUGUUGCAGGAGAUCGUAAACAUCUAUCCAUCCAUAAACCCACCCACCCUCACUGCCCACCAGUCGAACAGAGUAUGCAAUGCCUUGGCGCUGUUGCAGUGCGUCGCCUCUCACCCGGAGACAAGAUCAGCCUUUCUGGCUGCCCACAUCCCUCUCUUCCUCUAUCCUUUUCUUCACACUGUGAGCAAAACAAGACCUUUUGAGUACCUUAGACUCACCAGCCUGGGAGUCAUUGGUGCAUUGGUGAAAACAGAUGAACAAGAAGUGAUCAACUUCCUCCUUACCACAGAAAUCAUUCCGCUUUGCCUUCGGAUUAUGGAGUCAGGAAGCGAGCUGUCCAAAACGGUUGCUACUUUCAUAUUGCAGAAGAUCCUGCUAGAUGACACCGGACUGGCCUACAUCUGCCAGACGUACGAGCGCUUCUCCCACGUGGCCAUGAUCCUAGGUAAAAUGGUUCUGCAGUUGUCUAAAGAACCGUCAGCUCGCUUGCUGAAGCAUGUUGUUCGCUGCUACCUGCGCCUGUCGGACAAUCUCAGAGCCAGAGAAGCCCUGCGCCAGUGUCUUCCAGACCAGCUGAAGGACAGCACCUUCGCCCAGGUGCUGAAGGACGACACCACCACCAAGCGCUGGCUCGCCCAACUGGUCAAGAACCUACAGGAAGGUCAGGUGACCGACGCACGAGGCAUCCCACUGGCUCCGCAGUGACGAGGACCUGACCAAUUGGACGCAUCACUAAGACUGUCUGAAAAGGGCUGAAUAUCGAGUUUUGCUUUUGGACAGGUGGAAUCGCCUCCAUCUUAGUUUCAGUUUGUCUUUGAGUGAUUUGAAGCCAGUGUUGACAUUUGAGUGUAUUUGGAAUCCACUUUGGAUCUGGCACUGACUCCUCAACAAGCAGGAAAUUGGCCGAAACACUGAUGAUUCUAAUAUCCGGUUGUUGUUUUUUUUCCCUCCUCUUUUGUCGUCAUUGUCACUGCCACCUUCUGAAUCAUCACGGCCUUUUUUUGUUGGCUUUUCCUGUUAAUGCGAAAAUAAAAGUGAAACGUUUCA